AUUGAACACAUUUUUACGCAAGCGGAAGGUUUCUGAGGGGGACUUUAUAGAUGAACACCACCCGUUUCCGGGUUACUUUGUUUUGAAUUAUUUUGAAGCAACAGCGAGACGCUGACAGCCAUGUCGACGCUGUUUCCGUCCCUGCUCCCGCGGGUCACUGAGUCACUGUGGUUCAACCUGGACAGACCGUGCGUGGACGAGUCGGAGCUGCAGCAGCAGGAGCAGCAGCAUCAAACCUGGUUGCAGAGCAUCGCGGAGAAAGACAACAACUUAAUGCCCAUCGGGAAACCUAUUUUUGAGGCAGGUUAUGAGGAGGAGGAAGAAGAGGAUGACGAGGAUGAGGAAGACAGUGAAGAGGACUCAGAAGACGAAGAAGACAUGCAGGACAUGGAUGAGAUGAAUGACUACAACGAGUCGCCUGAUGACGGGGAGAUCAAUGAGGUUGACAUGGAAGGAGCAGACCAAGACCAGGACCAGUGGAUGAUUUAAUAACAUUUCUGUUGGAAUCAAUGUCUGGAUGUCUACUCCCUCGCUAAAAUGUGACUGAUGCCUAACCACUCUGUGACUCAGAUAUGUUUUAAUAUUUGUGUACCUGGGAUUAAAAUGUAGUCAAACCACAAUAAGAAACUUUAGGGGGGGAGAGUUCAGCUGAAUCCUGAGCUGCGAUCCAUCAGACUUAAAUGCUGUAGAUAUGGUUGGACAUUUCUGUGAAGUUUGUUGCCUGGAACACAUUUAUAUGUUAACCUGGCAAAUUUGUGGCAGAUAUUGCCAUUGGUCCAUAUUUCUUGUAUUUAACUGCAAACACCUUUAACCUAUAGAUCCAGUCAAAGCAGCUCAAAACCUGUCAGGUGUUCCCGACAUAGACCUACGAACUGUUUUGGACACUCUGUACCCAGCAAUCUGUCAUUUAAACUUUGACCUGGUCAUAUCUUAAGUCAUGUGCUAGAGAGAAGUUAUGAGCAGCUGAUUGAGCACACCUUGCUUCAGUCAGCAAAAAUAAUUUGCUAACUGUAAAAACAACACAUCUCAAAUAGAGCCCAUUUGUGUUUUAUUCCUCUGCUACUGAGUUUUGGUUAUAGACACUCCUUCAGUAGAAGGUUUUUAGAACCUUGUAAAAGUGUUAAUGUGUUCAGGCAGCUAAAAUGCCUCUGCCUGCAGUUCUCUUCUUUAGAGUGUGCAGCUGGCGAACAAAUGCUUUGAUUAACGUUACAGGUUUGGACAGGUUGUGAGAAAUUAUUUUUCUAAGUUGUAUUUUUAUUUCCUAUAAUUAAAAACAACCACAUGUUUUGUUAGA